AUGUCUUUUGAUUGGUUAAAUGUGCCUGGGCUCUCAGCAAAUGAUGCGGAGCAAUUAGACGCUUCCGAGCCUCCGCCUCCGGUAUCAUUUGAUUUUGGCCAGUUUUCAAGUGAUCUGGACAAUUGCGUUUCCCAACAUGAUAUAAGUAUCUUGAAACAGAACCCAACUGUAUCUGAGAGAAUAGGGCCCUACUCUGAAACUAACGAGGACCUACAAGUGCCUCUCUCGUUAUCUAGAAGUCAGCUUUCCAAGGAGGAAGCAAGAACGUACCUGAGAUGGUAUGGGUACAUCGCGACACGGAAAAAUUCCAAGCUCAUAAGGCUCGAGGAUGUCUUUCAUUUCAUGGCGAAUUUUCCCCUUUCUCACUCCGUGAAAGAGAGAAUUGAUCAUAUUUUCAAGACUUGCAGGAACUCGUUGAACAUCGGUCAGUUCUUUGCGGUAUUAAGACUCAUAUCGCGUGCUAUUAUAGAUAAUGUUCUUCCAACGAGACGCAUGAUUCUACACCGUGCCCCAGUGCCCAGACCGAAAUCGAUCUUAUCGGCUGGAAACGAAGAAGUUUACGAAGAAAUCGAUGAUUCGCAGGCUGGACCCGAAUUGAAAGUCGAUUUCGAUAGUUUUGCAUCUUUAUUGCUCACUGGUCGAAAGAAGAAGCGAUUGAGACGAAAAAUAACUAAUUACAUCAAGAAACUGAAAAAGGUGCGCUUCUCGGACAAUUUGAUUACAUUUCAAGAUCAGUUACCCACGAUGACAGACGAUUCUUCUUUGAGUGAUGAAGAAGCUCCUAGUUUGAAUAGACCGCUUGAUUUAUCUCUACCAAUGGACCAACUAUUAAAAAGCUUAGCCGCCAGGAAAAAGAACUCGGCGUUGGUUUCAAGGCCUCCGUCGGAGCAAGUUCCCGAGUCGCAGGAAGAGAAGGAUGUCUUGGAGGACAUGAAAGAGUCCUUGAAUCAUUUUCAACAAAUUCACAAUGCUGAUAGUGUCGCUCAAGGUGGUCUUCCUACUCAGUUGCCCAAUGAAGAAAUUGCUGACCAUGAGCUGGAGCCCCUUAAGCCUACAGCCACAGGGUCAGCCAACCAUUUGUUUCGAUCCAGUCAACCACCUAUUCAGAGCGUGCAUCAAGAGCCUUUACAACCUUUAAAACCGACAGCAACCGGAUCUGCUAAUUACCUCUUCCGUACAAGCCAAAAUCCUACAGAACAUUUGUCUCAAAGAACUCACGAAGAGUCUACACAACCAUUGAAACCCACAGCAACUGGGUCCACUAACAAUCUUUUUUUAUCUCGCCAGCAAGCGAAUGCUCAAGUGGAGCCACAACCGCAGAAAGCAACGGGCAGCGGCCCAAAUUACUUCAACCCAAACCAUUUGCAGUAUUCUUCGGGUGUCGCCGAGACUCCGGAGCGGACGCCAACUUCUACUGUCAACUCCCCUUUCCACCCACAACCUCCACACUUUCAAUCCAUGCAGUCCGCUCAACAUGGUUCAAAAUCUCCCGAUCAUUUUGCACAAUCGCAUAAUCCAUCGCCUCAUUUACCAACUUCAUAUGGAUCUGGAUUCUCAAAUCCUAAUUUGGUGAGGCCACAGGGUACUGGCUAUGGAAACUCUUCACAAAUGACAAGUCAGGAUCAUUUGAGACCCAACUUUGGUGCUAACAAUCAAUUUCAAAUGUUGAUGUCAGGCUCUCCUUCUCCGAACGCUAGUACGAUGCAAAUAAAUCAAACAAGCAGCCCAACCACACUGAACAUGCAGCAUGGACAAAUGUCUCCGAUGAUGAGUACAAACGGGGGUGGUACAUAUCCAGCUAAUAACAAUCAUAGCACAUUUCACUCCCGGCCAGACAUGACUUAUCUACAUGCCAAUUACACAGGACCGCCAAGUUCAAGCUAUACCGGCAAUAGCUAUAAUAUUCAGCCGCGGGAGUAUCACAGCUUUUCGCCAUCGCCCGUUCCCCAGAUGCCGUUCUAUUCUCAAUCCCCCGCAAAUGGUUCUCAAUCCGAAGACAUAUUGGGUGAUUUGAAGGCUCUGCAAGCGCGUGUCGAUCAAAUGCAACAUACUUACAAGAGGUGA